UUGUGUGUGGUUCUUGUUGUGAAGCAAGCAAUACUGUCAAGUAUUAGCAAUGCUGCAGCUUUGAGAUUCGUCACUUUCUGUACAUCAUUACCUCAAGUGCAGGCUUUGAAAUAUCUGUCUUGCCGUCGAAACUUUGUUCUGGUUCUUUAGUGUUAUGCCAUGGCAGACACCGACGAUUAUCUGUCUGUUUACAAAAAGUUCUUCGAUGAUUUCGCGGCUACCGUGAAUCCAGAUGACCAGUUGCCCGUUAGAGUUGCUGGAUAUUUUCUGCGUGAAGAUGAAAUUGUCGGAGAAAUUGUUGACUGGACUCUACAGUACCUGAAUCAGAAGAACUGCCCCGCCGGACUGACUGCGCCCAUCGCGCGCCAGGUGCUGGACGAGGUCAGAGCAGCCAGCAAGAAGGACCCAGACUCAUGCGGCUUCGUCCACAGCAAGCACGCGUACGACCCGCUGCGGCUGAUGCACGCCGUGGUGCGGGUGGUGAACGAGGUGUGCGGCCGCUACUGCGACAACGGGCGCGUGCUGCAGCUGCCGCGGCCCAGGCCCGGGCCGCCCAUCUCCACCUGCGCCAUCCGCAACUCGCGCCGCCUCAUGGAGGACCGACACGUCAUCGUGCACGACCUGCACGCCGUCUUCGGCAUUCCGGAUCCCAGUCCAGCCAGCUACUAUGCUGUAUUUGAUGGACAUGCAGGGACCGAUGCUGCUAUUUAUGGAGUAAGCCAUCUGCAUCAGUUCCUGGCAGAAAGUCCAUUCUACCCAAAGGAUCCUGUCCGGGCCUUGAAAGAUGCUUUUCGGCGCACAGACCAACUUUUCAUUGAAAAAUCACAUAUUGAGAAUCUGCGCAGUGGCACAACAGUGGUAUGUGCACUGAUUCGGCCUGAAGAAAAGAAGCUUUAUGUAGCAUGGCUGGGUGAUUCUCAGGCAUUAUUGGUUCGUCGAGAGAGGAUGAUGCUUUUGGUGAAUCCGCAUAAACCAGACAGACCGGAUGAACGAGAACGUAUUGAGAAAAUGGGUGGUUGUGUGAUGUACUUUGGAACAUGGCGAGUGAAUGGUCAGCUUGCAGUUUCCAGAGCUAUUGGGGACUCUGAGUACAAGCCGUACGUGUGCGCGGAGCCAGACGUGACGGAGUUGAGCCUGGACGGCACCGAGGACUUCCUGGUGCUGGCCUGCGACGGCCUGUGGGACUUCGUCACCGAGCAGCAGGUCGCCGCCGCCGUCUACCUGCACCUCCACGAGCAUCCAGACGACGUGAGCGGACUGAGCGAGCAGCUGGUGUGCCUCUCCAAGGAGCAGGGCUCUACGGACAAUAUCAGCGUGAUCGUGGCGCUGCUGCGACCGGCACGAGACAUGGAUAUGGGCGGGGGUGCGCUGCUGCAUCCGCCGGAGAGCCUCCGCGGACACGAGCGGCGCGACCAGCAGCACCACCAGCACCAGCACGAGCACGAGCACGACCAGGACGACGACCUGGGCCCCGAGACGAGCGUCGACGACGGCGAGCUGCAGCGCCAGAGCUGUCCGACCUGGACCCGGCCGCGGAGCCGCGCCAGGAGGCCCACGCCGCCCGCCGCUUCUCUCCUGCCAGGGCAGUGUGAACCUGACAAUGUAGCAGACAGUGGCGAAGAUUCUGAAGACGAGUGGAACUAUUACAAAAUUGAACCUACAGAAAAAGCUAUUAAUGUGGAAUCUCUUGUGCAGACUAAACAACCAGUUUGCCCAGAAUCCACGCAGUUGAAUCUCGAAGAAAAACCUGAAGAUAUAUUUGACAUGGAAUCCAGACUUAAUCCUGAUGCAAAAGAAUUUGUACCAUCGCCGACACAUUCAAAGCCUUCAUUUGAGGAUACGAUUAUUUCUCACUCACCAUCAGGAAAAAUAUUGCCGUUUGAUAAUGUAGAAGUUCCUAGUAUGGCGCAGUUCCAGCAAGAGGCACGUCUGCGCCCAGGAGAGGUAUCGGAAGAGGAUGCUCUAUCAAACAGUGCGUACUUACCAGACAUUCAGUCAGAUAUUCUUAAUGGUGGCAGUGUUAUGGAUGAUAUUAUAAAAAAGAAAUAUGGAGAGUCAGAAUUUAAAUUAACUGAACAAAAUCUGGCUGCCUUUACCAGUAACAAUCCAUUUGAGGUUUCUGAAGUGUCAUCAACAAAAGCAGUAUACGGUGACGAAUCGGCUGCUAGCUUCACGACAUCUACCUCUGACAUCUUGCAGAAAAAUUUGGGUACAAGUGCUUCUAAUGUGGAAGGGUCUUUUGUGGAAACUGAUUUUGUGGCUUCAGAAACAUCUAGUGUUAAGCAGUCUGAAGAUUUUCUUGGAUUUGAAGCUUCAAGGGAAUUUACAGAAUUCAAAAAGGGGCUGGAUGAUUCGUUGCCUACGGACUUCUCACCAGCUAAGGAAACUGGUGCAAUAUCAUUUGAACUUCAGAAAGAUAUUGCUCCAACAAUGGAAGAAUGUCCAGAAAGGGUGAAACUAACUGAUGACUUGAUCAAUCCUUUCAGCCACGAGCAACCAAUAGCAGAAAUGCCAAUGGAAGAGAGUGAGCAAAUUACAGCGAAUGAGCGAACUGAUCUGCUUAAUGAAUCCUUUGAACAUGGACCUGAUUUUACACUGGAGGAAUAUGAGUUAAGUUCACCUCUUAACCCAUGUGCUCCUGUUUUUGAUUAUAAAAACAUGGAGGAUAAUACAGAUGUCCCCAAAGCUGGUGAAGCAAAUGAAAAUGUGGAUAUUGUGGAGCAGAAGCCUACUGAAGUUUCAUCAGAUCUUGCAUCUGGUGCUCCUAUUUCUCAAAUAAUUUCUUCAGAAUCGCCGAUCGAACUACUAGAUACGGUGAAAACAGAGCUGACAGAGUUAGAUAAAGAUACACUUUCCUCUGAGCAUGAGAGAGCUUUGUUGGCUGAAGCUGAUAGUGAACUAUCAGAGAGUAGGUCCUGUGAGCAAUUGGAAGAGUACUUAAGCAAAAGCAGUCAGAAUGAAAAAUCUGAAAAAGAUCUAUUUUUGCAGUACUCAGAUGAAAGUUUGAAUUUCAAUCAGCCAUCAAUGGAAAUUGCAGAGAAACCUAAUUUUAUGGAGAAAUCAGUUAAGUUGGAAGAAGAAAUUCAUGAGAAGCAAAGUGAUCACAUGGUAGAUACAGAAUUCUUGGAUGAAGUGCAUGAAACACGUUCAGAUCUCAUGAAAGAAUUUGAGAACAGAACAAUGGAGCUUAAUGAACCAUUUAGCACUGAAGGUGAAGUUCUACAAAACCCCAAUCUGGAUCCCCUGGAGGAGCUUCGGAAGGACACUGCUGAGCCCCUGGAGGAGCUUCGGAAGGACGCUGCUGAGCCCCUGGAGGAGCUUCGGAAGGACGCUGCUGAGCCCCUGGAGGAGCUUCGGAAGGACGCUGCUGAGCCCCUGGAGGAGCUUCGGAAGGACGCUGCUGAGCCCCUGGAGGAGCUUCGGAAGGACGCUGCUGAGCCCCUGGAGGAGCUUCGGAAGGACGCUGCUGAGCCCCUGGAGGAGCUUCGGAAGGACGCUGCUGAGCCCCUGGAGGAGCUUCGGAAGGACGCUGCUGAGCCCCUGGAGGAGCUUCGGAAGGACGCUGCUGAGCCCCUGGAGGAGCUUCGGAAGGACGCUGCUGAGCCCCUGGAGGAGCUUCGGAAGGACGCUGCUGAGCCCCUGGAGGAGCUUCGGAAGGACGCUGCUGAGCCCCUGGAGGAGCUUCGGAAGGACGCUGCUGAGCCCCUGGAGGAGCUUCGGAAGGACGCUGCUGAGCCCGCCAAGGUUGUGGAUGAGCUGCAUGGAGAAGACCAUGAUCUGAUGGAAGAUGUUAAUGAGGCAGGAGAUACAAAAGUGGAGAAGUUGGACACAAUUACAGGUUUAACUGAUAUUCGUGAUAUUGAGACAGCUUCAUUCCAAAAAGACACAAUGAAACUAAAUGGAGUUGAGUCACCAGAAUUAAACAAUGAAAUGCAUACUGUACAGAAUAUAACACUAGAAAAUAGGUUAUCAUUUGAGACAGCUUCUCCUCCAGCUGAAGCAGUUCAGAACCAAGAGCCUUCACCAUCUGCAGAGCAAACAAUUGGUGAUAUCUGUGUGCCUGAUCUUCAUGGUGUACCAGAAGCACUGCGGGUGUGUGUGUAUCCCAUGCCUGUUGAACAAAGUAGUAUGAAAGAUGAUGUUGAAUUAAUUUCUCCUUCAUUUGAGAGUCAAGAAGAAAAACGAGAAGCUUUGGAGAAAGACAACAUUCAUGGAACAGAUUUUUCCACAGCGUUGAAGCUAGAAUCACUUUCAGGAGAACAAAGAGAUAUGGUUGAAACAACGUUAAAUGAAGUAAGUAAUAAAACUGAAUUGGAAGAACUAAAUGAUCUGACUAGUAAUGCUGACAAAGAUGUUGUAGUUUUGGAGGAACUACAGUCUCAACUCAACUAUGUUGGUAUUGAAACUGAAACUGAAAUUGCAGAGAAGGCUGAGGAAACCGCUGAAAAGACAUUUGAAAAGAAAGAUAUUUCUAUUGUUGAACAGACGACAGAAAAGCUUGAAGCCCUUGAUGAAAAAGCUGUUAGUGAUGAAACUUUGAAACUCUCUGAUGCGGACUUCUCUGAUAAAAAUAUUUCAGGUACAGCUGCUGAGAAGGGUGAGCCUGAUAAAGAGGCCCACAAAGCAGGAGAUGGGGAGGACGAAGUACUAAUGAUUACAAAGACACCACCUCCAACACCAACCCCAGCAUCGCAGACUGAACUUACUAAGGAUGCAUCGGAGAUGAAGGCAGAAUCAACAUUGUCUGCUGUAGCUGUUGCUUCAGCAGCUGUGGCAGGUGCAGCAGCUACAACUACUGCUAUAACCUCAAGGAAAGAACCAGCUCUGAAAAAGCAGACACCACUCUCUAAAGAUGUGAAAAAGACACUUGUAGCCAAAGAUUCAGACAAGAUGAAACCCAGUACUAAAGCUCCUGUCAGACAGUCUCCAGGGACUGCAAAAGCUCCAACAAAGACAUCACCGACUUCACCAACAAAGGCAUCAGUACCAUCGACACCUCGCACAUCUACUCCAAAGAGAACUCAGGUUGCUCCUCCUGCAGCAAAGACUACAGCAAAAACUACUACUAUUACUACAACCACAAGUGCAAAGUCCUUGUCAAGACCAACUUCAAAUGUACCAAGUAAGCCAACUUCUCUUGCUACCCAAAAACAAUCUUCAACAACAACAGGAAAAGUCCCUACAUCUUCCAUUGCACCUAAACCUAGUUCGAAGACUGCUUUGUCAUCGACAACCAAACCAUCACAAACAGUAAGAGCAGCAAGUGCACCAAAGCCGCGGGUCCCAAGUGCAACUACCACAACGGCAACAAAGAAUCCGUUAGCCAAUGGUGAUGUAAAAAGUGCAGAAGUAAAGAAGACUUCUGUUGCCACAUCAAAAAUUGCACCAAGGACACAUACUGCACCAUCACGAACCACAACUGUCUCGAAAUCUGCUGGAACCACUACUGCUGCAAGUGUACCUAAAACUGGUGUUCAAGCAAGGACUUCAUUGACUAUGCGUCCUGGUAUGACAAAUGGUAUUGCUCAAAAGCCAAGGGUUACGUCAAGUACUACUCAGUCUCCAAGAUCUGCCACUAAUCAUCAGACAGCUACAGAAAAGCAGCACAAAGAGACAGCAAACAAACACAUUUCGUCACGUCGUAUAGGCACAGCUCCAUCAAAGACAUCACCUGCAAAAGUAGGAGUAAAGAAAUCGCCGCAAACUGCAAAAGGAGGAAAGACACCACCUACAGCCAAUGGAUCUCCACUCAUCAGUACAGGAACGGGAGAAGAGAAGAAAAAAGACCCACUUUUGUGAAAGUAGUGGGUUUGGAAUGAAGGUGCUGCAGUUUUGGGCCUUUGUUGUAAAGCUUUUAACAUGUAUGUAAUUGUGUUGUUAAACCGUAAAAAAAAAAGUAUCUUCGUAUAGUUCUGAGAAACUUCACACGUAUAUCUCAAUAUUCCAAAAGAUAUGGAUACUAUUCGUGUGGUGAACUAAAAAACUUGAAACUAUUUUUCCAGAUGUAGAAUAUUACGUAUCAAUAUCAAAUAGCUUCUGAAGUUGUUUGCUUAUUUGGCUGAAGUGUUUCUAAAUUUUUGUUGCUGUGCUGAUUUUUCUCUUUGUGUCUCUGUGAAGAUAUAGUAACAAUAGCACUUGGUCAGUUAUUGGGAAAUUUUGAGCCUAAUCGCUCAGAAAGUUUGCUGUCGUUGCUAUUAAAUAUUUGAAUGUUGGCUUUUCUUACAAACUGCACAUGUGAGUUUGUUUUAAAGACUGUAAAUUUGUGUGCAAAAUGCCUGAAAGGGAGAGCAAAUAUUUGAUAUAAAAGGCUGAACAAAACUUUUUCCAGGUAUGCUUCGGCAAACAUAUUGUCUGGUGGGUACCUUGUUUACUUGGUGUCAUCACUGACACUGCAUUCUUAAUAUGCACAAUGUGAUAAUUCUGUGUUUUUUGUAAUGCCACAAUUUUAAUUUAUAUUUAUGAUGCUUUUUAUUGAUGGCAUUUCUCUUUUGUGCUAAUAGAGUUGUACUUAAAUUUGUUGUUUUAUUUAGAAUUUUCGGGUGUCUGUGUACUAGACUUUAAAUUAUUUUAAGUAAAAUGCAAGAUAUUUUAAGUCAUAGCUGUACUGAUUCUAAAUUAUGGCUACUUUUACAUUACUGUCUUGGUUUGUCAAAGUGUAAUGUAAAGCAUUCUGUGAUGUUUAAUAGAGCAUCCUGCUGCAUGGUAACGAAGAGUCCAUCUUUGUUUUCAAUUGUAGCAUCUGUUGAUACUGCAUAUGUUUGUCAUUUAUUGAUGAGAAUAUGUUUGAAUAGCUGAUGCUGCACUAUAAUUUAUUCAGUGCAGGUGAGUUUGUGGACUGAUAUUGUUAAUAAGUAUUUCAUAUUGAGAGAAGAUGGCUACUUGUGACAGCUAAGCUUUGAUAUCCCAGAUUUAUACAUUGCAUUACUGUGGCUUGAGGGCCACUGGGUUAUUUAUGGCAACUGGUGAUUAAAUCGUUACUCGUGCAGUGAUAGCUGGUUGUAGAUCCUCAUAUUAUCUCUGUACAAGACUUUUAUAUGUGGCAAUAUUUCUCUACAAAUGCAAAAUUUAAUAUAAUGUAAUAAAGUUUUUAUAAAAAUUA